AUGCCCCUUCCCCUCCCAGCGCUGCGCCGCCGGUGUCCCCGGGCCUCCUCCUCCGCGCCGCCCUCGCCGCUGCUGCCGGUGGUGGUGGUGGCGGCGGCGGUGGCGGCGCUGGGCCCGGCGCUGGCCCGUCCCGGCCGGCCGGGGCCGUCGGAGGAGCUGGUGGUGCCCGUGCGGGGCCCGGCCGGGCCCGGGGAGGCCGCGCUGCACCUGUCCGCCUUCGGCAGGACCUUCCACCUGCGGCUCCUGCCCGACGACGCCUUCCUGGCUCCCGCCUUCAGGGUCCAGCGGCUGGCCGCCCACGGGGGGCCCGAGGCGGGGGGCCCUGCCGGGGUCCCCCCGGGGGCCUGGGGCCGCCGCUGCUUCUACUCGGGCACGGUCAACGCGCGGCCGGACUCGCUGGCGGCGGUCAGCCUGUGCGGGGGGCUGAGCGGCUCCUUCCUGCUGGCCGGCCAGCGCUUCACCGUGCAGCCCCUGGGGCCUGACCCCCGGGGUGACCCCCUGGGCCGGCCGCACCGCCUGCGGCGCUGGGCCGGGACCGGGCCCCGGGGCCCCCGCCGGCGGGACCGGGAGGACGGGGAGGACGACGAGGAGCCAGGAGCCUUCGAGCCGCCUCCGGAAUCCACCAGCAGGCCCACGGGCACCACGAGCACCACGAGCACCACCUCCACCACCGGCGGCGGGAACACCACCAGCAGCAGAACGAGGCGCUUUGUGUCCGAGGCCCGCUACGUGGAGACGCUGCUGGUGGCGGACGCCUCCAUGGCCCGCUUCUACGGAGAAGACCUGCAGAAUCACAUCCUCACGCUGAUGUCCGUGGCCUCCCGGAUCUACAAGCACCCCAGCCUCAAGAACUCCAUCAACCUGGUGGUGGUCAAGAUGCUGGUGGUGGAAGAGGAGGAGAGGGGGCCGGAAGUGUCGGACAACGGAGGCCUCACCCUGAGAAACUUCUGCAGCUGGCAGCAGGCUUUCAAUCCCGCCAGCGACCGCCACCCCGAACACUACGACACGGCCAUCCUACUCACACGGCAGGACUUCUGUGGGCACCAGAGCUGUGACACCCUGGGCGUGGCAGACAUCGGUACCAUGUGUGACCCCAAGAAGAGCUGCUCCGUCAUAGAGGACGAGGGGCUGCAGGCGGCCUACACCCUGGCCCACGAGCUGGGUCACGUCCUCAGCAUGCCCCAUGACGACUCCAAGACCUGCGAACGGGUCUUCGGGCCCAUAGGGAAGCAUCAUAUGAUGGCCCCCCUGUUCGUCCACCUGAACAAAACUCAGCCCUGGUCCCCCUGCAGCGCCAUGUACGUCACGGAGUUCCUGGACGGCGGCCACGGCGACUGUCUGCUGGAUGCCCCCGCGACGGCCCUCCCCCUCCCCACUGACCUCCCGGGCCAGGCGACUCUAUACGACCUGGACCGCCAGUGCCAACAGAUCUUCGGCCCGGGCUUCCGCCACUGCCCCAACACCUCGGAGCAAGACCUCUGCUCCCAGCUGUGGUGCCGCGUGGACUUGGCUGAGCCCCUGUGCCACACCAAGAAUGGCAGCUUGCCCUGGGCCGACGGGACGCCCUGUGGUGCCGACCGCCUGUGCUGGGAUGGCAUCUGCCUGGCACAAGAGGAAGUGGUGAAACCCAAGCCUGUGGUGAAUGGAAACUGGAGUCCGUGGGGACCGUGGGGCGAGUGCUCGCGCACCUGUGGCGGGGGCGUCCAGUACUCCCACCGUGACUGCAAUGAGCCCGAGCCACAGAACGGAGGCCGCUACUGCGAGGGCCAGAGGGCCAGGUAUCAGUCGUGCCACACGGAGGAGUGCCCGCCGGAUGGGAAGAGCUUCCGGGAGCAGCAGUGUGAGAAAUACAACGCUUACAACUACACGGACAAGGACGGAAACCUGAUGCAGUGGGUGCCCAAGUUCACAGGGGUGUCCCCCCGGGAUCGAUGCAAGCUCUUCUGCCGGGCCCGAGGACGUAGCGAGUUCAAAGUGUUUGAAGCCAAAGUGAUCGACGGGACCCUGUGUGGGCCAGAGACCCUGUCCGUUUGCGUCCACGGCCAGUGCAUCAAGGCUGGCUGCGACCACGUGCUCGGGUCGACCCGGAAACUGGAUAAGUGUGGCGUUUGUGGGGGCAGCGGCUCCUCGUGCAGGAAGAUCUCUGGAUCACUCAACCGCUCCAAGUACGGCUACAACGACAUCGUCACCAUCCCCGCUGGGGCCACCAACAUUGAUGUGAAACAGCGGAGUCACCGCGGGGUCAGAAACGACGGCAAUUACCUGGCUGUGAAGACCACCGACGGGCGGUACCUGCUCAACGGGGACCUGGCCAUCUCGGCCAUGGAGCAGGACAUCCUGGUCAAAGGCGCCAUCCUCAAAUACAGCGGCUCCAUCGCCGCCCUGGAGCGGCUCCAGAGCUUCCGUCCGCUGCCCGAGCCCCUGACGGUCCAGCUGCUGACCGUGUCCGGCGAGGCCUUCCCGCCCAGAGUCAAGUAUACCUUCUUCGUGCCAAAGGAUGUGGCCUUCGGCAAGCAGAAGGCCAAAGACAAGAAGCCGACCAAUGUCAUCCAGCCCCUGAACACCGUGGAGUGGGUCCUGGGAGACUGGAGUGAAUGUUCCCAGACCUGUGGGGCCGGCUGGCAGCGGCGAACAGUAGAGUGCAGGGGCCCUGCAGGCCUGGCUUUGGCCACCUGUGACAAAACCCUAAAGCCAGAGGACACCAAGCCCUGUGGCCACGUCCCCUGUGCCCUGUGAGAGUUGAGGCCGCGGUCCUUUUGCUCACGGACUCGCGGUGACAGGGUAGGGUCAAGGGCGUCACCUACAAUGCCCAUCCUGGACAGAAAGUGGCACCAAAGAGGCCCAGAGCCCCCUGUUGUCCCCCUGUGCCCCGCAAGGACACUGAGCUGGAGAAGGAGGCGAGAGGACAGGGCAGCGAGGAAGGGCAGACAGCAAAGACAACUCCUAAGAUGACCUGACCUUGAUGAUUCAAGAAAGGGAUGUGGGUUUAAAGGCCAAAGUCGAAAAUAGAAAACAAGACAACAACCCAUUGGCCAAGGAUGCAUAGAUUAGCAAAGUGGAAGGAGGAAGAAUUAACUUCUCUUGGCUGCUUUCUUUCCCCCAAUAGAAAAUCUACCUCAGAGGGAAGGAAGGCACAGUGGAAGGGAAACGUGGACAAAUUCUACAGCAAAGGCUCUAGCUGGAGCCUCUUGAGCUGCCUUUGAAAGGAUGGUGCUGCUGACAUCCUCGUGAUUGAAGUCCAUUUGUCAGAAAGCCCCUGGAGUAAGAGCGGAGAGGUGUGCUCAAAGCCAGGGUGGUGCCUGCAGUUUUCGGUGUUCAGAGUGUAGUCCUCUUGGCUUUCCUCCCUCUCCUCCCCUUGUCCACUUUUUUUAGGCCCUCUUCCCAGCAGAAUGGCCAUGUAGAUAGUGCCAAGGAGGAGAGGGGAUGCAUGGGCAUGGUGACCCCCACUCCCUCCCUCCACCAACCACUGCCACCAUGGCUCCCAGACCAUGGAGGCCCUCGGGCAAGAAGGAGGGUAUGGCAUGGGGGGAGGGAGAAGUGGGUCAAUGGCAGUCAGUGCUCAAAUUCUCCGCCGCCCCAAGCCCAACCCUGGCAUGCAGGACUCUCUCCUUGGGCAGGAAGAGAGGCCAUUUAAACUCCGGGGUUCUCGAACUCCUCUCUGAAGGGGAGCGGCAAGAAUCGUUUGCUAGAUUGGAACCUCUUGGACUGGACCUGAGGUUCUCAGACUUUUUUCUUGUCUAAGCAGCCCAUCCCUAGUCUCCUUCAUCCCAUGCCUCCCAACCACGCUGUAAACUGAAAAGAACCCAAUGGUCAGUGAUAUUUCCAGGCUGUUUGGAAGGAAAGAGGAACAGCUGUGCGGGUUCCAACUCUUCCAGGCAUAGCCAGAUUUCCCACUGGGCUUUCUAAGAAGGAGUACAGAAACAGAGGGAUACUGGGGAGUGAGCGGAUCAUAAAGAAAGAUUAGUUAUUCGGUGUGGGGAGUGAGUUGGGAGGUGUUUAUGGGAGAGGAGUAGUUUGGGUUGGAGGCUUCUCUGAGCUCUCCAUCCGCUCUGGGCUCUCCCCAGAAUCCCUGAGGACUGGCCCUCUUGGCUACACACCAUUUUAUUAUGUUUUCAUUUUAGUUUUCACCUUCCCGUUUGGUGUUACAGUUCAAAAAGGGUUUGGAUACAGUCGAGGACAAGUGGUCCAGACAUGGUCCAGAAGGAAAGUUCUGGAUGUUAGAUGGUCCAUUCCUGACAUCCAGGAGGAAAGCCAUCACACCACUACGCCAAGAAUCCUGCUGCCUCUAUCAGCAAAAGACUCCUGGACUGGGCUGGAAGGAUUCAGGCCUGCCCCAGCAGUGACAUUUCUUUUUGUUCUUUUAUUACAUUGCUAAGAUUCUACAUAGAUUUAUUUAUAUCUAGAAAUGGCUAGCUCAUCCUCCAUUGUUCUUCCUCUCACUCCAGCUCCUUCUCACUAUCUCUCGAUGCUCCUCUCCCACCCUCCUGCCAUCUCACAUGGAGUCACUAUUCGAGUCAGUAAUGGGAGAGAGGCUGGGUUAUGGUAAUGGUCCACAGGAAAUCCAUAGUAUUUAUUGAGCACCUGCGGAAUCCACUGAGUCCAUUAGACUGUAAGCUCCUUGAGGCCAGGAAUUGUAUCUACCAAUUCUUUCGUAUUGUGUCCAUCCAAGGGCUUAGUACAUUGCUCUAUAUAGCAUUGAUUGAGUGAUUGAUUAUUGAGUUUUAAGCCUGUCACUAAGUCCUUGGCAGAAUAUAGCAGGAGCAAGACACCAAAUCCCUGUCCCGAAGAAGUUUCCAACUUACUGGAGGAGACAGACGGACUAUAAUUAUUUGCAGAGUGGAAACAGGAGGAGGAACAAGGAUAUGGCAGCGUCAGCCUGAAGCUACCCCAGAGAACAUCAUCUUCCCGAUCAACAGAACCCAACUCCCCCUAAUAACGUUGGUGAUUCUCCACGUUCCAUGUUCCCUUGGGCAGCCCUUACCCACCCCACUCCCUCUUGCCCUGAUUCUUUACAUCUCCCUCCUCUCUGCCUAACGCAGAAUAGUAAGGAACAGAGAAGAAAAGUAGAACUCAAAAAAUGACAACCUUACUGGAAAGUAAUUUUCUGAUUUUCACUUGAGAAAUGCCCGAAAACAGACUGUCCAGAUGCUGGAGAACCAUGUAAAUUAUAUGCAAAUGACAAGCAAAUAAAUCUGUGAGCAUUCUAACUACUUCAA